AUUUAUUAUGGAUUAAGUUAAGCCAAAAGUAUUUUUUGUUUUGGGAGGUAUUCUCUUAUCAAUCAAUCAAAAUAGGACCUGGAGCAGGAAAGGGUACUUAAAGUGUAAAGAUGGUGGAGAAGUAUCAUUUUGUUCACUUGUCUGCUGGUGACUUGUUAAGAGAGGAGGUAAUUCAGUAAAAUAUGUUUUCAAGAGAUCCAAAAAAACACAAAAUGCUGAAUUGAUUGAAGAAAUCAUUAGGAGUGGAUAAAUUGUCCCAGUAAUUAUGAUACAUAUUUUAAUAGAGUCACAUUACUAUUGGGUUAUUAGAAUAGGCUAUGCAAGCUAAGGGUUUGGAUAAGAUGUUUUUGAUUGAUGGAUUCCCCAGAAAUCAAGAGAAUUUCGACGUUUGGGUUAAAUUAAUGGGAGAUAAGGUGGAUUUUAAAAAAUUGUUUUAUUUUGAAUGUGAUGAAGAGACCUUAAAAAAUAGAAUUAAGAUCAGGGCGUAAGAAAGUGGAAGGUCGGAUGAUAAUGAUGAAACUCUGGUUAAAAGAUUGAAAACAUACAAUGAAUCUACACGACCAAUUAUAUGUAUGGAUUAAUUGUAAGCAUUUAGAAUAUUUUGAUUCUCUAUCACAAUGCAUCCAUAUUAAGGCAGACAAAACUAUUGAUGAGGUAUUUCAAGAAAUUACAAAGAAAUUAGAUGAAAUCUUGUGAUAUUAAAUUUAA